AUGACCAAAUUCCUCCGAUGCUUUUUUCCGUACGCCAAGAAAUCGCCCGAAGACGAUCCGAAGAAUCAGGCGUUCCUGUGCGAAUCCUCGACGAGCUCCUCCAUUUGCGAGCUCUCCUAUCACCACGUGGAUGCGGUCAAUCAUCAGGCUCUACAGAAGAAAAUCAAAAAGUUGGAAGCGGAAAAGGCAGCACUCGUCGAGAAGAUGAGCAUGGAGCAUGAGAGCUAUAAAGCUAGUUGUGGAAAGAAGAAGAAGGUAUCUGAAUAUGAAUACGAAGUAAUCAGCGAGACGACGAAGAGCCACAUCUACUACGAAAUUGACGAGAAGCGCUUCCAGCAGAGAAUCAAGGAACGUCGGCAGAAUGAUUCCAAUUCAUACAUGACUAUUUAUUGA